AUGAAUGACUUUAGCUAUCUCGCCGGCCCAGAAGAAUGGAAGUCAUACACAACUCAACAUCCCUUACCCAAGUUUGGCACCGUCUCGACGGAAUUCCGCCGCCUCACCAAUCUUCAGCGAUAUGCAGCCAGAGAUGCCGCAAUGAAAGCCCUCGGCGACCAUCGGGUCACUUGGGAAACACGGACAAUCCCUACGACAGACUGUCUCGAGAUUCCAAUUCGCAUCUUUCGCUCGUCCAUUGCUAAACGCCGCGAUUCUAUCUUGAUCUAUUAUCAUGGCGGCGGGUUCCUGUCAGGUUCAAUCUCAACGGAAGAUCCCUUCUGUAUAUCUCUGGCUCAGGACUCUGGGUUCGUCGUCAUCAGCGUCGGCUAUCGAGUGACUCCGGAGUGGAAAGCUCCAACGCAAUUUAACGAUGCCUGGGAUGCUCGCACAUGGGUGAUACAAAACGCUGCAGAAUUGGAAUUGCCUCUCGUUUUUCAUUUGUACGUCUCAGGCACCAGUGCUGGGGCAUUCCUUGCAGCGAGCGUUACGCUACGAGAAAGAGAAUUGGGCGAGUCGCACAUACAAGGCCAGUGCCUUGCCGCUCCAUGGCUCUGCCUCGCAGAAAACUUUCCCUUUGACCCCAAAGUCGGCGACAAAGCUUCUCCUGUGCAGUGCCGCGACGCCGAUUUUCUCCCUCAGUCACACAUCGAACAGUACGGUGUCUUGUUGGGAAUUCCAGAGGAACUUCGAAAGGGCUUGUUCUUGAAGACAUUGCUGUUUGAUGAGAUUAGCAGCAUCAAAGACUUGCCGCCGACACACAUCAUGGUCUGUGGCGAUGACCCUUUGCGAGAUCAUGGCAUGAUCUUUAAGCAGAAGCUUGAUCGUAUGGGGUUAGACAUCAUGAACCCUUGA